AUGUCUAGCACAACUACCCAGACGAUUUCUUCCACGACCCUCUCGGGUGCCCAGGACUCAUCAUACAUCCCCCGGGGUCCUGUUACCACCACCUUGAAUUUCUUCCAGGAUCCUUCUGAUGGCGCAAAGCCGUUCAACUAUGUCGAACCGCAGCCCGAGGGUCAACCCCAGCGCAACUUCGGUGUUAACGAAGUGGAGUUGGAGUUGAACGACAUUCGAGACCAUGAGAAGGAUUUCUACCUGGACAAGGAUGCCUUCGAGGUUGUACAGGGCGUCUCCUCGGAAGAGAAGGAUUUCGUCGAUGACGAACAUAUCAAGAAAGUGUACUAUCCUGAAGUUGAGAAACUCCUACUCGACAAUGUCCCUGGGGCGCACAAGGUGACAAUUUUCGAUCACACCAUUCGACGAUCGAAUCCAGAUGCGCCCCGAGCCCCUGUGACAAGAGUGCAUGUGGACCAGACGGCCAUUUCAACCGCUUGGCGAGUCAAGCUGCACAACCCCGAAGAGGCAGACGAACUUCUCAAAGGGCGGUACAGGAUCAUCAACGUCUGGCGUCCGAUCAACGGUCCUGUCCAGGCACAUCCACUGGGUUUUGCCUCUGCGGACAGUGUCGAGGAUAAUGAUCUCGUUCCGGUCGAGCACCGAUAUCCCCACCGCACCGGCGAGACAGCUGGCGUCAGACACAAUAAGUCGCAGAAGUUCUACUAUCUGUCGGGCAUGCAAAACGACGAAAGCCUGUUCCUAAAGUGUUACGAUAGCAAAGACGGCGUGGGCCAGAGAGUCCCCCACACCGCAUUCGUCGAUCCCAGGACGCCUGAGGGUGCGAGGGGCCGGGAGAGCAUUGAGGUGAGAGCUCUUGUUUAUGGUUAG